AGAAUUUACAGUUUAGUUUCGUCAUUUCGUGUUGACUAGCAGGUGGUCGAGUCGAGUGGAGUAGCUCUGUUAAACGUGCAGCAAUUCUGUAUUUGAGAUUCUUGUUACUUCUUAAUUUAUGAUUCGUGAAUUACGUCAUCAUGACAUCGGAGGCAAUGAUGAUUGUGCCGUACGAGUGGAACCUGGAGAAUGUCGGGGAAGAACCGAUGACAAUUGCGUCGAAAAUGAUUUCGUUUCGUGGCGAAAAAGUAUUUCGUGUGGGUUUGAAGAACUACGCGGUAGAUCCCGUUUUAUUUUUGGUGGCAAUUGAUCUCAGAAAAAUUGGAAUGGAAGUGAAAGACGUAAAAUUUGGAUUGCAAGGCAGUGGACUCUGGCCAGCGAAGAUGGAUGACAUGACAAAAGAGGAAUUGGACGAUGAAGGAAAUAUGCAACUAUUCACCGCUACACUUUGCGAAAAGAUCGUUGGAAACUGCAAAUUUAUGUUUCGAAUUUGCAUUGAAGGAACUGAUUCCGGCUACUCCUUUCAUCUGUCUGAUCGUCUGGCCAAGGAUCAAUUGUGGGCUGCCAUGAAAAAUCAACAGUGUCUGCCGGACGUGGAAUUUAUCGUGAAAGACAAAACAUUUCUUGCUCACAAAUCAAUCCUUGCUGCCCGCAGUCCCGUGUUUGCAGACAAAUUUGAGAAGAAACAACUGGUAAAAGACGGUCCUCAUCAGAUCCGGAUCGAUGGCGUGGAACCUUCAACUGUGGAGAAUUUUCUUCACUUUGUCUACACGGGAGAACCGAUUGGAACAUUUGCAAAUGAAGAAUUGCUUAAAUUAGCUCAUCACUAUCAACUUUCAACUCUGGAGAAUAUGUGCCAAGAUGCUGUUAGAAAAAUUGACCAAGCCCUACAAAUAGCGAGCAUUAUGAAAUGUUUAAACAGCAAUGCCGCUGAGGAAAUGUCUUCUUCUAAAAUCACGCCGGAGCAAGAAACGGAGAUAUAUUUUGAUCGGACCACGCCUACCUUUCGAUGCAGUUUGACAUUCAAUAAAAGGGAAACCGAACAGCCCACAUGUGUGAUGAAAUAUCAAAAUUGCAACAUUUGUAUCGCUUACCUCACUGGGAAAAGAGUGUGGGAUAACGAAUGCAAAGGCUUUAUCGUUGAGGAACCUUUGAUUCAUUUAUCUUGCGUUAAUCAUCGCAGCUUCGGAUUGAAAGUUGAGGAUGUUUAUUGCUACAUUGUCAACGAGGAUGAAGAAAAUGUUUGGUUCAAAAUGGAAUCGAAAUAUUUUCAGAAAAACUUGGAUCUCCUUCACCUGACAGCAAAAUCGGAAUCGUGUUUUAACGUUGAUUUACCCGUGACGGUAGGCUUUGACAUCAAAACGGUCAAUACGAUUGGUAAUUAUUAUUGGGAGAUGAUGGACAAACAUUGGUUGAAGGAUUUCUGGGCUGCCGCUACACACCGAAUGUUGACGGAUGUUGAAAUCUUUGUCGGGACUGUUAAAGUGAUGGAAGUUCAUCGUGUUAUUUUAUGUGCCCGGAGUCCUGUCCUGAAUGAAUCUUUGAACAAGAUCAGCAACACAGCAGGGAAAUCUAUCGUCCCAUUCGGGGCAGAAUUUGAUGCAGAUAUUGUGAAGCAUUUUCUAAGAUUCAUUUACACUGGCUCUUUUAAAACCACUAACAACGUCCAACAACUUGGUAAAUUGGCUACAAUGUAUGAAGUGGAGACUUUGAAAAAUGUGUGUCAAUUACUUGAUGCCAGCCCACCGGAUGCAGAAAAACUGACCGACUGUCUUCUACAAUUGUAAUUGAUUUACUUUAAUUGUGGUUUUGAAAAAUUCAACAUUUGUCAUCUAAGUCUUAAAAAUACAGAAA